AAUAAAAAAUAAAAAGAAGAAAAAUAUUUAUUUUCUAAUAAAAUUUUUAUAUUAAAUUGAAAUUCGUGAUAGAUUAAUAAUGAAAAUUAAACAAAAUCUAUACUGAUUAAAUAUUAAGUUUAGAUCAUUAAUAAUAUGAUAAAUAUUAAAAAGAAAAGAAAAGAAAAGGUUUAAAUUAUUUGUUUAAAAUCUGUAUAUUUAAUAUAAUAAUAAUUCAAUGUUAAAUAGGUUCUUUGUCUUGGAGCUUGUGCAACAACAUAUACAGAAAGUAGUUUACCUUCAAAUGUUUUUUCUGGUGCAACAGCAUUUCCAUUUUGGGAUGAUUUAUAUAUAUAUCCAAAUACAUCACAAGGAAUUUAUUAUCAAUCAGAAGGAAAUAGUCCAAAUAGAAAAUUAAUAUUUGAAUAUUAUAUGAGUCAUUAUAUUGAAGUUAAUCAAUAUUAUCAUUUUCAAGUUAUUUUAUUUGAAAAUUCUCCAGGUAUUGUUCAAUUUAUUUAUUUUGAUGCUACUGAUCAAGGUGAUACAUGUACUAUUGGUGUUCAAGGUUCAUAUACUGGUCCAUUCAUGAUGUAUUCAUAUGAUCAAUCUAAUUCUGUUCAACAAAAUAUGACUAUUACUUUUGAUACAAAUAAAGGAACAUAUAAUAAAUCUACAAUAACAUAA